UAUUGACAUUGAACGAAUAAAAUUGCACCACAAAUCCAAUCAAGGCAAACAGUGAGAAGACGCACGUUUGUCGUUUUCCCUGAUAAAAAUUAAGUGAUUUGCCACAGAUUCCAAUAUAUCAGACACACUUAAUAGAAAUGCAAAAUCAGCUUCCUCAAUUAGUGGCAGAUGCUGUUUUGGUCAAAAGUGAAGCUAUGCCUGAAUGCUCAGAAACAGUGAAAGGUUAUGAUUUCAACAAUGGUGUCAAUUACCAUGAGUUAUUGGAAUCUUAUAAGAGAUGUGGAUUUCAGGCCACUAAUUUUGGAAAAGCUGUAGAGGAAAUAAAUAAAAUGAUUGAUAAAAAGAUGGAAGGAAUACCUAAAGAGAAGAAGGAAGACUAUUAUGAUAACCCCUGUAACAGACAGAGAAGUAACUGUAGUAUUUUUCUUGGCUUUACCUCCAACAUGAUUUCUACUGGUGUUCGUGAGAUGCUUAGGUACCUUGCAGAACAUAAUAUGGUUGAUUGUAUAGUUACAACAGCAGGUGGUAUAGAGGAAGACUUCAUCAAAUGUUUAGCUCCAACUUAUCUUGGUGAUUUCAACAAGUAUAAAGGAGGAGAUCUUAGAGACAGAGGAAUAAAUAGAAUUGGCAACUUAUUAGUACCUAAUGACAACUACUGUAAAUUUGAAGACUGGUUGAUGCCAAUUUUAGAUAAAAUGCUGGAGGAACAAAAAUCAGAGGGCACUCAUUGGACUCCAUCUAAAGUAAUUGACAGACUAGGGAAAGAGAUUGAUAAUCCAGAAUCUGUUUAUUACUGGACACACAAGAACAACAUUCCAGUUUUCUGUCCAGCUUUAACAGAUGGAUCAUUGGGUGACAUGAUUUAUUUCCAUUCCUACAAAAAUCCAGGACUUGUCAUAGAUCUAGUUGAAGGUAGGUCUAUAAAAACCCAUGACUUGACAGGACAAGGUAAGGAUAUAAAAAGAAUAAACAACCAGGCAGUUUAUGCCUUGAACACAGGAAUGAUAAUUAUUGGAGGUGGAGUGAUCAAACAUCAUAUAUGUAAUGCUAAUUUAAUGAGAAAUGGAGCAGAUUUUAGUGUAUUUAUCAACACAGCCUCCGAGUUUGAUGGAAGUGAUUCUGGUGCCAGGCCAGAUGAAGCAAUAUCCUGGGGAAAGAUUAAAAAGACAGCUACACCUGCAAAGGUUUAUGGAGAGGCAACAUUGAUAUUUCCCUUGAUAAUGGCAGAGACAUUUGCAAGGAGGGAAAAAGAAUUCAAGGAGUUAAAAGCUCAGAGUGAGCAUAGACCAUAGUCAGCAGCCAUAAUCAAUAACUUAUCAUGCAAAACCUAAAUAAGCUGGGUCUAAACUAUACCAGGAUAAGAAGAUAGUCUUCAGUACAGUUUCAAAGAUCAGAAUCUUACUCUGGAACAUGGCCUGACAGUGAUCAAGAUGCUUUUCAGACAAAGAAAGUUCUAGAUUGCAAGUGGCAUGAAGUGCUGUGUUUUAUAUCUUUCUUUUCUCUAUAAGAAUAGGGAAACAUUAUACUACACUUCAAGAUAUUGCCCUCCUUGGAAAGAGUAUCAAAUGGUUCCAGCUCGUAGCUUUAUGAGUUUAACAUUCAAUUAUGCAUGUAAUUUCCAUUGUAACAAAAAAAAUCACUUGAUAACAGAUUAUUUUGCUAUAAAAAAUUAUUUAUUCUCCCUAAAUUAGUUUUAAUGUACUUAUUAUUUUUCUGUGCUGUAAGGAGAUAAAACAACCAAAACACUUCAUAGAACUUUUUAUUUUCUGACACAAUUCUGUGUCCGCUCUUAAUUUUAAUAUACAUUUCCUAAUCAAUAUUCUAUGAUUAUGUCAUGCAGUGCCUUGCACAGCCAUUUUUUUUUAACAAGUGUAUUUACAAAUAAAUUUAAAGAUUGAAUCAUGACUAGCUGAUUAGUAGUGAUAUAAAAUAUACUUUUUAGACUUUUAUCAGAUUUAUAAUAAUGAAAAUGUAAAAAUUUGACUACUGCUACAAGAAUUUUUUGUUGUUAUUUACUGCCAUUUUAAGUAAUCUUGGCUUCACCAUGGUCGCCAGUUUACAUUGGUGGAGUAUCUGGAGAGUUCCACAACCUUCAGCAGGAAAACUAGCAAUCCUUGUCAAUUGCCCUGUCAGACUCAAACAUACCUAGCCACAAGUGGGAUUUCAACCUCACAACCAAAGAGUUGACAGACUAGACUAGUGACCACUGUAGACCACUUGUCCACCCAGGAUCCCUCAGUAACAAAAAAUGUUUGAUACACACAUUUUUCAUAUCUUACUAUAAAAGGUGAGAUUUUUUUGUGUUCAACGUAUGAGAUGUGAUGAGUUUGAAUAGACAGUGUCUUAAAAGGUCAAAAUUAAGAAAAAAGUUUCAAUCCUAUUUCUUUAUUUUCAAGAGUACGUAAAUAUAAGUCAAUGUUAAUAUUUCUGCGUUAUUGUUUCAGAUACAUUAUUAUGUUUCAUUAUUAAAUAGAAGUCACAUGCAAAGUUU